AUGCCUACUCCUACGACUAGUCCUGCUUCUACUCCUAGGAGUAAUCGUGUGCCAAAAUAUAUUCCUAGGAGCAUUUCUAUGACUAAUCCUAGGAAAUGGCGUGUUCCUAAGCCUAUUCCUUGGACUAGUCGUAUACCUAUUCUUAGGACUAGUCCUGUGCUUUUUCCUAGGAAUAGUCCUAUGCCUAUGCCUAGGUAUAAUCCUAUGCCUAUGCCUAGGUAUAAUCCUAUGCCUAUUCCUAGGACUAGUAUUUUGCCUAUUUCUAACACUAGUUCUGCACCUAUUUUUAUUACUAGUAAUGCGCUUAAGCCUAUUCGUUGGACUAGCCUUUGCCAAUGA